GGCAGUGUCACCAGGUCACUGUCUAGCUGUCCAAAUAUUCCUCGUCGACUACUUCAACUACCCCACUAGCACUGUCUUUUCGCCUCCGAAUGAGCACGCACUCAUACUCAGUGCAUCGUCUCUGUUCUGCUCAAAUUGGUGUAAAAUGAAACUUGUGUAGCAUAAUCAAACCUGGUGGUGCCUGUGCUCAUCAACAGAAAUUUAUCAUGAAGCGUAGCAAGGGAAGCUCUAAAGAUUCUCCUCAGGCGAAGCCAACUUCGGCAACAAAUUCCGGUAAAUCCGAUGGAGCGACUUCGGGAGGAUCACUGAUAAAAAUUCUAUUCGUAUUGGGCACAGUUGUGGCCAUCGUAAGUGUUGGUGUAUACGUAUGGCAGGCGCCAAAAGCAGCUGGCAAGCAAUCACCACUGCCCUCAGAACCACCAGUUAAACACCCGGAAGAAGAGCACCACGUUGUGAACAAACGUAACGAUUAUGCAGCUGAGAUCAAUGAGGAGGAAACCAGUCAAAGGCAGCAGCAACAGCAACAACAGCAUGAGACCGAGAGGAAACUAGAGCAAGAAAGUGCUGAGGAUUCGACUGAUGCUGAAAAUGUUGCUGUGGAUGAGCAACCCGCUUCACAAGUUGAUACUGAGGAGGUUGACGAAACACUGUUGCCGUCAGAGCCACCAGCCGAACAGCCGACUAUAUCCGAUGCCGUAGCACAGUCAGAUCCCGAAGAAAAUAACGCACAGGACAAACAUCAAGAUCAUGACAAAAGUGCCGAUUUUCCAAGCUCUGAUGACAGUCGUGCACAGGACGAGAACAAGCAACCUCCAACUGAGGAACAGCACGUUAGCCAAGAACAAGUACCACGAGAGCAGGAACAAGCACCAGAGGAGGCGCACGCAGGGAGUGAACCAGUACAACACAAUGCUGAGCCGCAUGAGCAACAACAAUCUCAUUCUCAAGUCGAUGAUGAAGAAGGUAACAGACACGCAGAUUCAGACAACAGUCGUGAGCAAACAGAGCAGCAACAGCCAGAGCUAGCACAGCAGCAAGGCGACCUGGAACCGGAGCAGACACAAGAGCAUCAAGCUGGCAAAGCAGCACAGGAAGAGAGUGAAUCAGAGUUACCACACCCGCAACAACAACAACAGCAACAAGAAAAGGAGAUGCCUGAGGAUGAGCCGGCUGAGCAGGAUGCAGACACCAUUGUGCAAGCGGAGCAAUUGAAGGAGGUAGCGCAGACAGGAGAACAACAGCAGCAAUCGGAUCAGCAACAGGAGCAGCCAGUGCAGCAGCAGGAACAGCAGGAAACACAACAGCAAGAAGACCGAGGAUCACCUGAUGGCACGACAGCUACAUCACCCGAGUCAGAUAGCUCUUCAGCGCCUCCGCCGCUCUCAGCAGACGAUGCGAAACGGGAAGCCGCAAUCAAGCAGCUAAGUAAGGAAGCCAACUUGACAUGUGAUCAGUGGAUGGAGAAGGCACGCAAGAUGAUGAUUCAGGGCCAGGCAAACUAUGCAGCGGCAUUAGACACUCUGGCAAUGUGUGUGUUCCAGGAACCAAAGAAUGCAGCGGCCACAUGGAAUAUGGCUGUACUCCUGGUCAAGAUGAACAGAACAGCAGAAGCUCUGGUCCAAAUGGAGAACGCCAUUGCUUCCGAUCCGAAGAACAAAGAAUUCCGUCAAGGUGCUGGAACGCUACUAUUCAGCAUGAAAGUGUAUCCACAAGCUACCAAAGCAUUGGAAACUUAUUUGGAACUAAAUCUCUACACCGAAAGUUGGCCGACAAUGAUGGAAGAUAUCUACUGGCAACGCGAGGAUGAGCUUGUCUUUCUGAAGGAGGCCGAUGACUACGACACAAUGCUCUUGUCCAUGUCCAAACUGUUGCGCUGUUACCUGGAGACGCGCGCUCUGCGCAAGGCCGAUCGCAUGUACCAGAUCCUGAUCACGCUAUACGAGCAUGACCAUGACAUGAUGGAGAACUUUGCAACGUUCUCAUUCGGCCUGGGUAACAUGUGGAAUGGUGUGCGCUUCAUGAAGACCUAUAUGGAACAUCAGUUCUAUCACAACAAGAUGGGAACUAUUCAAGAAGCAUACGACGUCAUGACAGCACAUAUGCUUCGCUUAGCAACAAGUGGAUUUGAUGCUAACAUUGUCAAUCUUGCACGCAGUCUUCUUCUUGCUGGUACCAAUGCAUUGGAAAUGAUCCGGGAAGCGUGUGGCUCCGACUUGCUUCCAGGAUUCAAUGAGCAAACGCAUACCAUCUAUGAAUCUGAUCUUGUGGAUACACUGGGUGCGUGUAUUCUUGACCAACGUCUAGCCGGCGCACUGCUACAGGCUGGUGCUUCAAAGGUGGCCAACAAUAUCUUUGGCUGGAGCAGCUUGCUGCAUGGUGUACACCUGGGCCAUGCCGGUGCGCUCAAGUCCAUGAUUGAUGAAGGCCUGGAUGUGUCGCAUCGCACUCUGCUCGGCAUGACGUCACUGCACGUUGCAGCAUUGCGUGGCCACUCCAACAUUGUACCGCAGAUCCUGAGCGCUGGUGUCAAGGUGUCAGAGAAAGACGAGUAUGGACGGACGGCGAUGGACUACGUCUGUGAAUUGCGCUAUGCUGCAAGUGAGUUCUCAGCUUCCUUGAAUGUUCCACUUCCUGCUGACUGUCCCACACCAGUUUUAAAAACUGGAUCCAGUCCUUUACAGGCAGCGGGAGGAGAGUGGCUCGACACGUAUCGUGAGGUACCACAGACACUGCUGACUGAUUCAUGUGACAUUGACUCCAUCCCCGCUGAUACAACUGGAGAUGAAUUCUUCCGCAACUACCUCUCGCUCCAGAAGCCCGUUAUAAUUCGACACGGACUAAGCAAUUGGGCUGAGUUGAAGAGAAAGCUACAACGCCGGGCUGUUGAUCGGGAAUAUGGCUCACUGUUGUUCAAGCGCUCGACUGUUCCGUACGCGGACACGUUUGGGUUGGAACACAGCGUGUCUUCUCUUCACGAUUACCUCGGCUAUCUCAGCCAGCUUGCAGAGAAUGAGAAAGAUGGCAACAAUGCUCAGAAUGCAGAGUACAUCUUCACGUCCCUUGCUCCAGACCAUCCCAUGCGCCCACUGUUCAAAGAGCCGGAUGCAUUGGAUCCGAAUGCCACUCACAUCAGUACACAGUCAGUCCAGUUCUACGUCGGGCCAGCGUUGACCGGCGCUCCGCCUCACUUCCACAACUUUGCAUGGAACGGGCUGGUUUAUGGUGCCAAGCGCUGGUUCAUCUUCCCACCACAGAAGUCGCUCUACAGCAAGCAGCCGGUUCUGGAUUGGUACAAGACCUAUACACACGGAUCAACACUAGAAUGCACACAACACGCUGGCGAUGUUCUGUUUGUACCUGCACUCUGGGCACACGCCGUCAUCAACUUGAAGGAGAGUGUAGGCUUCGCCUCUGAAUUUAUCUACGGCGCCGCAGAGUUUUCUAUUUGAAGGCUGGACCUUCAUGCGAGUCUUGUUGCACGCUGUUUAUUGGUGUGCCAGCAAAUCAUGGCGUGCACAUCAAGCAAUAGCUAGUGCAGCUUGUCUCACCAAGCAGUGCUGCUGAAUACAAGCCUUGCAUUAUUCUAUUUGUCAGGCCCUACUUGUUUCUGCUGAUAUAUCCCCGAAUGCAAAAUACAGCUGGUUUUUAUCAUGGAUAUGAAGUUUAUGCGUAAAAUUAGAUUAGUACAAGUAGCACAUAGUGCUAUCUGUAGUAGCAUCUAGGCUGAAAAGCUGUUGACAUUUAGCAUUGUUGAUUAUCUCUUGUUUUAGGCGGUCUUAGAAGUUUGCUGUUUGUUGGUACUAGCUGGCUAGCUGGCUUAAAUUGCGCUUCCAACACUUCAUUUUUAUUUUUCGUACUUCAACUGUUCAAGUACCUAACCCACAUUGUACAGUGGCUGUUUUCCAUGCAAGACAAAGUUUUUAACCAUU